AUUAUGGCCGCGCAGUAAGCUGCGUGGACCCUCAUCGAAACUUUUAUUAUUUCGUCGCGUUUUAUUUAUACAUUUUCCAGAAUGACAGCGGUUAUGAGGCUUAUGACCUUGCACAGACUUUGUCAUCAGGCUUUUAGGUCUACGCGGCCGGUUGUAGCCAAUUUGUAUCACACGCAGCGGGGAGUUUACGGUUACCGACCGAGAGACGAUCCGGAGAAAGAUGCUGUUCUGCCGCAGGUCUCCGCGCUGAACCAAGAUCACGGACUGGCGCGAUUGGUGGAGGCCUAUAGAGCACAUGGACACAAGGCGGCUAAAAUUAACCCGUUGCUUCCAAACGCCCCUGUCCUGGAGAACGUGCCAGAGAUCAGCCUUCUGCAUGGAACUGUGCCAGGCACCCUCAACACCACUGGAUUGCGGCAUUUUGGGAAAUCUGAAGCGUCUGCCGAAGAGGUGGUGUCUUACCUGGAGAGAACGUACUGCGGGGGAAUCUCGGUGGAAACCAGUCAGCUCCAAACCUUACAGGAACGAGAGUGGAUUGCGGACCGCUUUGAAGAGCUCAAGAAAGAAACGUUCUCUCCAGACGAGAGGAGACAGCUGGCCAAACUAAUGCUUGAAUCUCAGGAGUUUGACCACUUUUUAGCCACCAAGUUUGCCACGGUGAAACGUUAUGGAGGUGAAGGAGCAGAGAGCAUGAUGGGAUUUUUCGACGAGCUUUUCCGCUCUGCUGCGUACAGCGGCGUGACAGACGUGGUCAUGGGAAUGCCUCACCGCGGACGCCUCAACCUGCUCACUGGUCUCCUGCAGUUCCCUCCAGAGCUCAUGUUUCGUAAGAUGAGGGGUCUCAGCGAGUUUCCGGAGAAUUCUCCUUCUAUCGGCGACGUGCUGUCCCAUUUGACCUCCAAGGUGGAGCUGGACUUUGGUGCGGGACACCAUCUCAAUGUCACUAUGCUACCCAACCCCUCCCACCUGGAGGCGAUCAAUCCCAUCACGGUGGGAAAGACUCGAGGCCAACAGCAAGUCAAAGAGAACGGAGACUAUUCAAGUGACCCCAACUCACAGCCGGGAGACAAAGUCAUAUGCCUGCAGGUUCAUGGCGAUGCUUCGUUUUCAGGCCAAGGCAUUGUACCCGAGACGUUUACCCUGUCAAACCUCCCCCAUUUUAGAGUCGGAGGAAGCAUCCACCUGAUAGUGAACAAUCAAGUGGGCUACACCACUCCCUCUGAGAGGGCACGGUCAUCUCUCUAUUGCAGUGAUGUUGGUAAAAUAGUGGGAUGUGCUAUAAUCCAUGUAAACGGGCACGACGCUGAGGAGGUGCUCAGAGCGACCCGGCUGGCCGUCGAGUACCAGCGACGCUUCAGGAAAGACGUUAUCGUGGACCUUCUCUGUUACCGUCAGUGGGGGCACAAUGAGCUGGACGAUCCCUCUUUUACCAACCCCGCGAUGUAUAAAAUCAUUAGGUCGAGAAAUAGUAUCCCGGAUUCAUACGCAGACCAGCUGAUCUCUGAGGGUCUGAUGACGGAGGAAGAGCGCGGUCAGAUCAAGACCACCUGCUACACCACGCUCAAUGACCGACUGAACAACAUGACCGUCUACAGCCCUCCGCCAACCAACCUGCAGGGCCGUUGGGGAGACCUGGUGGAGCCCCAGAACAGAAUCUCAGUGUGGGACACAGGCGUAGCUCUGCCCCUGCUGCAAUUCGUAGGUGCCAAAUCUGUGAGCAUACCUGAGGAGAUUCACCUACAUAGUCACCUGAUGAAGACACAUGUGCAGGCCCGGCUGCAGAAACUUCAAGAGGGAACGAAACUGGACUGGUCCACAGCAGAAGCCCUGGCUUUUGGCACAUUGUUGUGUCAGGGAUUCAACAUCCGUAUUAGCGGUCAGGACGUGGGCCGGGGCACUUUUAGCCAACGACACGCUAUGGUCGUGUGUCAGGAGACCAAUGACAUGUAUGUACCGCUCAAUCACAUCAGCGCCCAACAGAAAGGUCAAUUAGAGGUAUGUAACAGUGCUCUGUCUGAGGAGGCUGUGUUAGGAUUUGAAUAUGGGAUGAGCAUUGCUCUGCCUAAACUGCUGCCUAUUUGGGAAGCUCAGUUUGGAGAUUUCUUCAACGGCGCCCAGAUCAUUUUUGACACUUUUCUGUCUGGAGGUGAAGCUAAAUGGCUUCUGCAGAGUGGACUGGUCAUCUUAUUACCUCACGGGUAUGAUGGAGCAGGACCCGAGCAUUCAUCCUGCCGAAUUGAGCGCUUCUUGCAGCUGUGUGACAGUAAAGAGGAAGGUGUUGAUGGCGACACAGUGAACAAGGGGGUCGUGAACCCCACCUUACCAGCCCAAUACUUCCAUCUCUUGCGAAGACAGAUGAUUCGAAACUUCAGGAAACCGCUGAUUGUGGCGUCUCCUAAAACUCUACUGCGGUUCUCCGGGGCCGUGUCAAGCUUAGCUGAUAUGGGACCUGGAACUUCAUUCAGACCUGUGAUUGGUGAUUCUGCUGUAACCCCAACAAGUGUGCGGCGGGUUCUGGUGUGCUCUGGUAAACAUUACUACGCUCUGCAGAAACACAGAGAGACAUUACCAGAGGCGGUCAAAAACACAGCGAUAAUCCGGGUGGAGGAACUGUGUCCCUUCCCCACAGAAGCCCUACAACAGGAACUCAGUAAAUACACAAACGCCAAAGAGUUUAUCUGGAGUCAAGAGGAGCCGCAGAACAUGGGCUGUUGGUCAUUUGUCGCACCAAGAUUCGAAAGACAGUUGGCCUGCAAGUUGAGGUUAGUAAGCAGACCUGCGCUGCCGGCCCCCGCUGUGGGCAUCGGGACUCUCCACCACGAGCAACAUGAAGCAAUCCUAAAAUCUUCCUUCUCCUGAGAGAUCCAACAAUCUCAAAUCUGAUCAAUCUUCUUUAUCUGUAGCCUACACGCUAAGACAACAACAAACUCAAAACUCUGUUGCCCAAACAAUUGGGAAACAGGUGACACAAAGAAAUAUUGCCCAUAUAGGGACAUUGUUUACCAAACAUUUCUUACUGACAUACAAAUUAUCACCGGAAACGUCUUCAUACCGUAAUUGAUCAUGUGGAUUAUUCUGUAGUUAUACAGAAGGAAAGUUGCAAUUUAGAAGAGAUAUGCCGGUGUAUAGCAUCUAUGGUUUUUCGUAGCACUUUUAAAUGAAAUGUAAAGAAUUAUUAUAAAUAUACUUACAAGAGUAGGUAAACACUAUAGCAGGUUUUAAACCACGGAUCAAGCGAUGUUACAAGAUUCUUAGUUUGACUAAGUUUGGUACCUGAUCAGUUGUGUAAAGCAUAACACGUUUGAAUGUGAAUCAGGAAGGAUAACUGGAUUUAUUGACUAUAAUCAGAUGAAUGUAGAGUCUGUUUACAAACAAUUCAAAGUAUUAAAUACAAAAUUCAAGAAUUGCAAUCAACGUACCUAGUGUUUACACAACUUAAAAGGUACUUUAAACACCCAUGACAAGCCCAUCCAAUGCUUACGUUUGAUGUGAAAUGUAAAUUGUCAGUAGUGUAUUGUGUGAAAGUUGAUUUUGAAAAAAAUAAAACAUGAUUUAAAAAUCCUGGUUUUCA